CACGGCGGCGGGUCGGUGCCGGCUGAGCGGCAUGGGGCGGCGGCAGGCAGGCCGAUCGUGAGGAGCAGAGCUCCCCUCCUCCUGCCUCUGGAAGGACUUGCAAGUGAAGAGCGCUUGCUCCCCAAGGACCAAGCCUCACUAAUGACUGGGAAGCAAAGAGUACUCAGGAAAGCACUUUUAUCACGGACUCCACCUCAGGAGCACCGAGAACUCGUCUUCUAAACAAAAUCCUUGUGGACCCCAUGUCUGCUGCAAUGGAUACAGAAUCGACGUAUUCGGGAUACUCCCACUACUCAGGUCACUCCAAAAAAGCCCACAGACAAGGGAGUCGGGACAGGCACAAAUCACCACGAAGCAAAGAUGGCAGUCGGUCGGAGAAGUCCGUCACUAUCCAGACACCUCCUGCAGAACCGCUGCUCGGGAAUGACGCCUCUCGAACAGAGGAGGGCCAGGAUGACAACUGGGGUGAGACCACAACAGCAAUCACAGGUACCUCUGAGCACAGCAUUUCCCAGGAGGACAUAGCCAGGAUCAGUAAGGAUCUGGAGGACAGUGUUGAGUUGGACUGCAAACGUUACCUUGGUUUAACAGUGGCAGCUGUUCUCGGACUCCUCGUCUUCCUUACCCCCAUCGCCUUCAUUCUGUUGCCCCAGAUCUUGUGGCGGGAUGAUCUGGAGCCAUGUGGUACUGUCUGUGAGGGACUGUUCAUCUCUGUGGCAUUUAAACUGCUCAUUCUUCUGAUUGGGACCUGGGCUCUGUUUUUCCGCCAGCCCAAGGCAGACAUGCCAAGGGUGUUUGUGUUCCGGGCCCUCUUGUUGGUCCUCAUCUUCCUGUUUGUGUUUUCCUACUGGCUUUUUUAUGGCGUUCGCAUCUUGGACUCAAAGGACACCAACUACCAAGGAAUAGUGCAGUAUGCAGUGUCUCUGGUGGAUGCGCUGCUCUUCAUUCACUACCUGGCCAUUGUCCUGCUAGAGCUACGGCAGCUGCAGCCCAUGUUUACUGUCAAGGUUGUUCGUUCAACAGAUGGAGAAUCGCGAUACUACAGCUUGGGGCACUUGAGCAUCCAGCGAGCUGCAUUGGUGGUUCUGGAAAAUUACUACAGAGAUUUCCCCGUCUACAACCCAGCGCUGUUAACAGCCUCCAAAUCCCGUGCUGCCAAACACAUGGCUGGCCUGAAAGUCUACAAUGUUGAUGAAGGCCCAGGGAACAACGCCUCAGGGCAGUCCCGUGCCAUGAUCGCAGCUGCAGCCCGGCGCAGGGACUCUAGCCACAAUGAGCUCUACUACGAAGAGGCCGACCACGAGCGCCGAGUCAAAAAGCGUCGUGCAAGGCUUGUGGUUGCAGUAGAGGAGGCCUUCACUCAUAUCAAACGCCUCCAGGCAGAGGAACAGCAAAAAGCUCCAGGAGAGAUGAUGGACUCUCGAGAAGCAGCCCAGGCGAUCUUCCCGUCCAUGGCAAGAGCUCUGCAGAAGUACCUUCGUACCACCCGCCAGCAGCAGUACCACAGCAUGGAGAGCAUCCUGCAACACUUGUCCUUCUGCAUCACAAAUAACAUGACACCAAAGGCAUUCCUGGAGCGUUACCUCAGCCCUGGCCCAACCCUCCAGUACGACAGGGAUCGCUGGUUCUCCAAGCAGUGGACACUCGUUAGCGAGGAAGCAGUCACAAGUGGGUUGCAAGAUGGAAUUGUUUUUGUCCUCAAGUGCUUGGACUUCAGCCUUGUUGCUAAUGUGAAGAAAAUUCCCUUCAUCAAACUCUCUGAAGAGUUCAUAGACCCUAAAUCUCAUAAAUUUGUCCUUCGCUUACAGUCCGAGACUUCAGUCUAAGGGAUUUUGAGGAUGGGUUGUUUGGAAUUUUUUUUUUUUUUUUUCACUAUUCUGCUUUUGGGUUUUAUUUCCCCAAUGCUGACUGAAACUGGCAGAUGAUGGACCAGUAAUAUUUGACCAUCUGCACUUUAUUUGGAAAGGGGUGGAGGGAGCUGGGAUAUCUUAUCUAGAAAGGAAUAUCUUAAGAGGCAACAGGGUGACUUGGCUUGGUUAGCUCAGCCUUGGAGACAGAACAGAAUUUUUUUUCCCCUUUCCAGGCAUAUUGUGAAUCUCACGCUCUCUUUCUCUGCACAGUUGCAAUGUCUGUAUUUCUGUUGGAAUGCUGCCUUACACUCUGUGUGUGUGCUUUUGCUACCUGUUUCUCCUGAAAACAGGCUGCUCACCUCUCCACUACAGAAGUCUGCUUGUACAGAGAGAACUUACAGUUUCUUUUCAUGUGGAAGUGAGAGAGUGUGAGAGGUUUCCUUGUGUCAGCUACAUAAUAAGUAAGACUGAAGAUCUGUUUAUUUUUUUUUUCCUACUUUCUGUGUGUUUUCUUAUCAGUGCUGGAUCUGUGUGAACAAAGUGGGAUGGUUUUGCAGUCUGUUUCUGUCUCUGUGAAGUUGCUUGUGUCAUCCUGGAUCAGCCCAUCUUGCUGCUCUUCCAAAAUUCUUUUUAGCAAUGCUUGUUAGUGGAAACAGUUCUGCAUGCCACUUUUGCCUCUUUUGUCUCAGUGUUUGUCCCUCUCCUUUGCCAGGCUCUCCAAAGCUCCCCAGUCUGCUUUCCAAACGUGUUUCUCUACCCCAGUGCCCUCGGGGUCUGCCUUACCCUUCUUCCUCUCACACCUGCGGGGGCUGCACAUUUGCACAGGGUGGGUAAGUAGCUGGCUCCUUCUCAGAUGCAUCACAGACACUGCUACGUCUGCAGCCCUGCAGAGGGGAAGAAGAAAGCAUGCAGGAAUGUAUCCCUCCAUAUCCAAGGGGUUCAGUGUGUCUGGAAAACAGACGAGCAAAAACGCUUCCCUCCUCGAAGAGUGGAGCCAGGAAAGGGCUGGCUCUACUGCCCCCCUCUUGCUUUGAAGAACUGCCGUGAUGUUGAAAUGCUGCAGUGCAUCCUUCCCUGCCUUCAACAAAGCUGGGAAAUACCAAACGGUCUGAAUGCUGAAAACCUGCCUACCUUUUUUGGCCUUUUUCUGCUGUGGGGGUCUCUCCGUUCUCAGUGCCAGGAUGGCCUGCUGCUUCUUUGCUCUUGUGAGAGGUGCUUAGCUCUUAAUUUGAAAGGUUUCUUCAUAAGAUGAGCCUGUCUGGAUGCUAGUUAUGAGCAUUGUGUGACUCCAGAGCCACCUCUGGGCCUGGCGGUGACUCGUCUUCAGGUGGGCCCCUCCUAGAGGCCCUGAUCUGUGGUGACAGAUUCAAGUGGAAAUGCUGGAUUCAUCCUGCCCAGUCUUUUGCCAUGAGAAGAUCUGUAUCUAGCAUGAGCCAACUUGCCUUCCAUGGAGAUCUCUUACUGCAAAGGGCCCUGCUAGUGAGGUACACCCAAUGCCAUUCACUGCUUUAUCUUCUGUGGUGGCCCAUGAUAGCUUCCUACAGCCUCUUUUGCCUACUCCAGGCCUUCCUUGGGCUCCAUCAUCAGUCCACUGGGCUGCUUCCCUGCUCCAGCAGCGGUAGUUGAGAAGGAGCCACAUGUCCAGCAGCACCAGCUGGUCCUCUUGGGUUUGAGGGAGCUACCAGCCACCUGAGCUCCCUGGUGAGGGAGGGUCCCAGGUGGAGAUUUCCCCCAGCCAAGUAUAACCCAUGGUCUGUGUGGCCUCCCGCUGCUGGCAGCUUUCGUCUGAAUGUGUAAUACUCACCUCCAUCCUGUGGUCUCUGUGUGAUGUGUCAGAAUUGGUUGUGAAGAAACAAAACGUGCGUGAUGAGACCAAGCCUAUCUAUGCCUCUUCAAGGAUGAGAAGUAGGUGGAGUUUUCCUUGUCUAAACUCAACGCCUGAGUUUGUUUCUAGGUCAGACUUCCUUGCAGUCUGUGUCUGUACAGGGAUUUUUUUACUGACUGUGGCCUUUGCAGUAUUUUAGUUUGGAAAAACACAGAUUUAUUCCCUCCUUAAAAACAAAACAAAAAAGGUGAUGGAGCAUACAGUAUCUCACACGUAUCUCUCCUGAAGGUGUAUGUAUUUGUUUUUUAUGAUGUACAUUACCAGCCAGGGCGGGAGAGACUGGGAGUAGCAUGGGCACUACAAAGCACUUCUGCUUAUGGCUGAACCAGCUUGGAUGUGUGCAGCCAGAGAGAGAACUGCUGUGCCGGGGGCUUGGGUGUGCCCUACACAUGGGAGCACCUUGGUUAGGGCACUGCUCCAUAAAACCUUCCUUUCCCAGGAUUUCCUCUCCCCGACGAUUGGCCUGUCUGACAGUGUCUGCUCAGGAAACUCAUGUCUUAAUCCUUAGUUGCAUUGAAUCCUUAAGCACAUGGAAAGCCAGGUGGAAGCAAGGCAUGCUCACUCUGGAUCUGCUUCCUAAUCUGUGCUACCUUCUCCGCUGUCAGCUCCUGCGUUAAGCACUCUUCCCAGUGUUGAGGUGAAUGCUUUGCUUGAUAAAAUCUGAAGGAGAGAGCUUCACCUCUCAAACAGGCUGCUUACUGCAGAGUUGCAACCUGUUCCGAGCUGAGAACAGUCUAUAAGGGAAUCUGAACUCCUGGGUAUUCCCAGGUUUUUUUAAUGAUUUUUUAUUUCUCCAGCUCUCUCUUUAGGGGCUUGUUUCCCCUCUCCAUGCAAAAUCAAGGGACCACGAUCAUACCUACCUCAGUGGGCUGUUGUGGGCUUAAACUCAGUGCAUCACGAAGUGCUUUGAAAUCCACAUAUGGAUCUGUGGAGUCUGUAAGAACUCAGGCUCUUUGUGAAAAUCCUAAGCAGUGAGAGCAGACUGGUUUGUUUAAUUCUGUUUCUAGCCAGCUAAUGAGUAAGAAUUGAGUCACAGGGAACAAAGCUCUGAAUCCAAAUCCUGCAGUCCUUACUCCUGGAAAGCUUGCCAAGAGUUGAGCGUAAAUAAGGCUUGUACAGUUUGCCAGCCAAGCACAGGCUGCUUCUCUCCAAAUGCCUCCUAUUCUGCACCAUCUCCUUGUGUGUUAAUCUCCCUCCUGUCACCCAAGCUUGUAUGCUCUUAUCUAAUUGAGAAGUGAUUUUUAGAAAUGAGUGGUUUUUGAGAUAACCCUGUUUGUAGUGAAGGCUGAGCCCAUGCCCCUCAGAGGAGGACCUUAUGCUGCACCAUUCAGUAGAGUGCUGUGUUGGCCCACUCCUCUUUUCCAUGUGUGAUUCUCAAGUAUGCUGCUCAGACAGUUUAAAGACUCAUAUUUGUUACAGCCUAAAUCCAAAACCAUGCUGAGAUCUUCCUAAACCAGAUGCAACAAAGACUUUCAGCUGCUUCAAGGAAAAUGGAAGUGACUGUGGGUUUUCACAAAGGCUGACUCUCUUUCAUGGCCGAAGAGUGGAAAGUUAGGAUUUCUCGCAGCUUCUAAGAGCACAGGGUAGUAGACCUUGGCAAACACACACCCUGCAUGCAGCAGAGUAUCUGCUGAAGGUGUACUCUGCAUGGAAGAGUGGCAGAGCAAGGUCAGCUCCAGAGUAUACCCUGCUUUGGGGUUGUGCUUGGCUCUUUCAAGGCAGCAGGAGAAAUCCACUCUGGAGCAGCAUCUUGGAGACAGAUUUCAGUUUUUCCUCUGGUGUUCUGCUACCUCUGAAGUCUUCAUGCCAGCAGAUCCAGUCACUCCACCUUACUGGCUGUGUUCAAUUGAGUUUCCUGCUGAGGAGGAGCAAAUACCGGGUGGGAUGUGAGGUGCUGGCCUUGGAGCCUGAGACAGCUUGGGGUAGGACACAAGUCUGGGAGAGAGCUGAACAAAUUGGAACCCGCAAAGAGCUUUUCUUCUUUUGCUUUGGGAUGCUCCACACAAAGUGUAGGGAUUCCACUGUUUCUAAGCAUGCCAGAAGCUGUGGAGAAGCAGUUUCUAAAACUGGCCGUGCAGAAGUAGCUUGUAAAAGUCUUGUUUGAGAUGUGCAUGUUCCAACGCUCGUUAGUGAAGAAACUGGAAAGAUCUAUACUAUGCAAAAUGUGGAAACCUACUCAGGCCAAUUUCAUCUGCUCACAGAAACUUUUCAAUCUUCUCUUUUUUUAAAAAGGUAAAUGAAAAAUCUUGCAGUCUAUUAAAGAAUGCUGCUGUCUGGCCCCAGGCUCUGCUCAGCUCUGCCCUGCCGUCCAAGAGGUGUUUUGAGAUGUUUGUACAGAUGUCUGUUUUCUCAUUCAGCUUGUGCGUGGAUGUGCUUCUCUCUUUAUAGGUGUAUGCAUUGUACUUGUCUAAAGCCUUGAGCCAAGCUUGGUGGUUCAGUGUUUGAAUUGUGAAGAAGGAAGCACUCUUGGGAUCAGAUUGUUCUGGUUUAUUUUUUUUUUUUAAGCGAUCUCCUAAAAGAGAGGGCUUUUUUUGAGCCUUGAAGUCUCGUUUAGGAACAUGCAUCCUUAUGUGCGUGGGCUGCUGCCUCAGGUAGAUGGUGACCAAAAGUUGCUGUUUCCGACAGCUGGUGUGGAUCUCAUUGAGUUUACUCCAGAUGGGUCCCCCCCCAUCACCAGUUUAUCUGCCUGUCUGUUUCCCUCCAAGAGGCAGCGUGUGCUGAUCCAUGUGCUGCAGUGCAGCCCCAUGGGCAGUGCAUGAUGCUGUGGGUGUGCUCUGCUACCCCACAGCGACUUCCCUUGGCAGUUUCCACCAGUGCUGACAGGGCUUGGGAGCAUCUCUUGUCUGCACACGGGGAUGCUGCGGCUUGCUGCCCGCACAGACCCAGCUGUGAAGGGAUCUUACACUCUUCUGUGCCUGUUUCUUUGAUUCAGCGUUAUUGUGUCUUGGGGUAGGGGAUGGGAGCCAGCUCUCUUCUUGCACCCUUUUUGAUCACUGUGUAAUACUCCUUUUCUACACAUACUGUGUAUAGUAAGGUGGGUUUUGCCAAGGUUUUCUAAUUAACAGACACUAACCAGCAUUUCUUUUUUUUUUUUUUUUUUUUUUUUCCCCCCCUCCUUUUUGCACAUGUGACUUUAACUGCAGUGGUACAUGGUCUUUCAGUUCUUUUCUAAUCAUGGACUUAAAUAAGCAAAUUCCUGGUGUCUGUGACAUUAAUGCACUGUGGGUUUUGUCUAGUAAGUCGUUCUGUUCCAAGCUGGGUUCUCUUCAGUUAUAGCUGGAUGGGUUUUUGUUGUUUUUAAACUGAAACAUAAAACCGUUUUACACUUUGCAUAUUUUGUACAGUAAAAUUCUGGAAAUAAACUGAAACCAGAUUUGAUUGUCCCACU